CUCGACGACAACCGACAACCCCAAAUAACAAGAGGUCGAACUCUCCGCCGGGAGCGAACACCAUCCAUUUGGCCGCCCCGACAUGCGAAAUCCAUCAAUCUGAAUCCGGUUUCACGAUCGCAUACGCACUGGCUACCAGCCCAUGCGCCCAUGAUUGCAAUUUCAUCUGGCGCUGUGCUGCUUCCCGCACGCGACUGGCUCUGACGACGCCUCACAGCCAACUCCAACCCCCGACCCCCCGUCCGCCGCAAUGCCCGACUUUGAUAUCAACCCCGCCGCCCUCAGUCGGCCAUCCAUCAGCCUCUCGACUCCCAUCCUCUCAAACAAGUCGAUAACCGUCUCGGCCCCAUCAGCACAGAAACCUUCCAAGAUCAGUCAAUUGAUACCCACCCGCAUCGAUUUGGAGCCCAUCUACACCAAGCUAAAGGCGCAUAUCGAUCCCGAGAAAUGGCCUGUAUACAAGGAGGCCACCACCCAAUUUCUUAUUGGGCGCCUUAACCAAGCCGAGUACAGCGAGCGGAUAGACCCCAUUCUUUCUUCACCAACCGGUGAGAAAUUACACUACCACAACCAGCUCAUCGCUUCCAUAUAUGGCAAUGUCACCAGGGAGAUGCCCGAUCAGGGCCUGGCCCCCUGGGUCAGUGCCAACGACAAGCCAUCCACCGGCGCCGGCAACAAACCUGUCUCUGGUGAUGCGACAGAACGGAGGUUAAAAGGGGAUGUGAUGCAGCUUCCCAGUCGAGAUCGGAGGCGAAUAAAGGACCUUGUGCACAACGACUUUGACCCGUACGAUUCACUCGCCAACAUCUUCACCGAUCAUUUGAGGUCGAGGACAUCGAGGCCUGCCGACGUUCCAGCUAGCGCCGGGGGCCUGAGCAGAAUGAAUUUCGAUUUGGAAAUCCGGAAGCGGUUUGCCCAGCCGUUGGCGGUUGAGUCGGGCGAGUUUCCAGAUAUCAGCAACAUCGAAGCGCGGAUGCUCCCCUUCUGCUAUGAGGCGGGGCUUGUCUCGGGGCACUCAUCAGAUGCAGCGCAUUUCAUGUCGGUCGCCACAGAAACGUUUAUUAGAGAGGUCAUGUCGACAGUCUUCAGUCGCACGAGGACCAAUGGCCCUGGAGAUUCGGGCAAUGCUGGGCUUGGACCAGGCAGCGGCUGGAUCCAGACACACAAAUACAAGCGGCAACUGGCUAAAGAAGAGGAGGCCCUCUCGCGGGGCGAGGUGCAGCGCGAUAAGAGCGGGCUGUUACCGAUCGAAGCGAAGGCCGCGAGCGAACGGGGCCCGCUGGGCAUGGAGGAUAUGCGCAUCGCACUGGAGAUAGGCGACUGCGGAAUGGCCAACUUCCCCAUCGUUACUCAGUCGAUCCUAUACAACUACCGGGAAGGCGAGCUUGAGGAUUGGGAGGAUUACACAUGGCUGGAUGGCUAUGUGCCGCCGCCCGAGCAGAAGGACGUCGAAAUGUUUGACGUUAACGGACAGGGAAGCGACGCGCUGCUAAAUGGGCUCGGCCAUGACGAUGCCAUGGAGAUCGACAAUGACAUGGAGUGGCAAGGGGCUGAUCCCACGGACGGGGACUUGCUCGAUUCUGUGUUAGACGUGUGUCUUGCCGUUGGAUGAUGAAUGGCCUUCUUACUUUUUGGCGUGCUGGGUCGGUGGGAGGGAGGCAGAUUCUCGGAUUGAAGGCGGCGUUGGCGAAAGGGGGAACCUCACAUUUGCAUCGCAUUGGUUUGGGCUAUCCCCCCCAUCUUUUUUCCACGGCGUAUGAUGGGUGUCGAUUCUACACUACGGUAUGCCCCUGUAUAGGUGCGAAUGUACAGACUACAAAAGGGGGAGCGGGCGUCGGGAUGCUUUUAGUUUUCUCGUUUCUAUGAUCGUGGGGUUGGCGAGGAGGGCCUUGUACACUUUACGAACGAUACCCGAUAGGUCCCUAGAGGCAGAUACUCCAACAGUUCAAGUUCAUGGCUGUAUCCGCAAAGGUUCGUUCAUGGCAAAACCCGCCAUUUACCAAGUUUCAUGUUGUCUGC